AUGAGGAGAAAUGAAUUUGUCUUGGGGCACUAUGUGUUAGGGAAAAGUCAUUGCUCAUCUAGGGGGACCAGAACACCAUAUGUGAAAUUACUGUUUCUUUUCUGUCCUAUUUUAUCCCGUAGGUCUGAUCUAUGCCAUGGUGAUCCUGUUCAGGAUCACUUGCUAUUUAAGAAGACUCUCCUGCCAGUCUGGAAGAUGAUAGCCAGUCACAGGUUCAGCAGUCCGUUUCUGAAGCCUGUGUCAGAAAGGCAGGCCCCAGGAUACAAGGAUGUGGUGAAAAGACCCAUGGACUUAACUAGCCUGAAAAGGAAUCUGUCCAAGGGACGGAUUCGCACCAUGGCUCAGUUCCAGCGGGACCUGAUGCUGAUGUUCCAAAAUGCUGUGAUGUACAAUGACUCUGAUCAUCACGUAUACCAUAUGGCUAUGGAGAUGCAGCGAGAAGUCUUGGAGCAGAUUCAGGUGCUGAGUAUUUGGUUAGACAAAAGAAGAGACUUAAAUAGUCUGGAAUGAAAACUAACCAACCCUAUGGAUGAUGGAAAACCUGUUUGGCUAACUUGGAGCUGCUUUCCUGAACUUUUCUGGAUUUUGGACCUUUCUUUGAGACUCUGACUUAUUGAAGAUUCCAAUACUUGCUUACCAUUUUUCUGUUGUCUUUUCUAAUAAGAAUUAUACCUUAACUUACAACCAAAGAGUUAAAGGUGCUUGUGGACAUGAUAUAAAGAAAACACAGAAAACUGAGAUUUGGGGUUAUGCCAUAUAUGUUGCCUACAUUUUUGUUCUGUAAGGUUAAUUUAGAGAUAAAUAGAUUAAACUUCUUUAAAUAAAUACUUCUCUUUAAAUAAAUGUUAAUUCGCAAGUCAAAAAUUACCUUUUAAUGAGUAUAGAAGCUGGCAGUAGAGGGGAUAACAUUGUCUGGUGAAAUAUGGAAGGUAUCUGACACAGAUUUUCUUACAUAGAAUGGAAGGUGCUGGGGGUAGGAUGAGGGAGAGCACCAAUGAUUUAUCUCAUCAUUUGUAAAGUGGAGAUAAUACAAGUGUCCUUUGAAUGACUAGGAGGAUGAAAUAAAAUAAAUUAUGAGGAAAAUGUUAGAAAACA